GCUACAGCGAGGCAGACGCCGGUAAUCAGGCGUCUUACACGGUUUUCUUUAUACCAUGUCAGCUUGAAUUCCGUUCUUCACCUUUCUCUUCAACAUGGUCAUUCACUGGUAUCUAGUGCUACUUCUCUGGGCUCUGGUCACCCCUUCAACGCCUGUGGUACUACCCUUGAUAUCCGACUCGCAGGACUAUGCUGAGCUGGCACAGCAGUCUCCUAGUGCUCCCAGACCGCAGAGCGAUCUUGUUGUAUUGGACUUGAGCUCGUUACCCUCUGUGUCUCCACGCACAGUCCUUUCACCUAUCGAGCCUCGUCCAUUGUCGUCAACAAUGGUUAUGGCGCUGGAACCAUCUCUUCCUUCCUCUAUCUCGAUACUCCCCCUUCUGAGUUAUUCCACGAUCCUCGCCAUUAUAGGUUUUAUUAGCCUGCGUAUCGCAAAAUGGAGACAAAGGCGUAGAGCACGCCAACAUGCACACGCAUUGGACCGCGAUGGAGCAGAACUAUUACCCACGAGCACUGCGACGAUCAGUCCAAGGUUCAAGGAUUUUCCUGUUCCGCCACCACUUCCCCCGAAUUCCCCUCAUCUUCUACCCAAGUCAGCUUCCGUUACUUCGUUGCAUUCAGUGUCAUCGCCAUGUCCCGCCUCUCCGGCGCUUGCGCCUUGGCAGCAUAACAGGCUCAGUCGCGUACUUGAAAGACCCAAAUCACCUAUUCAGCAUAUUGGCUUUUCACCCGGUGCCAAGAUCAAGCGAAGAAGCAAUAGUUUGGAUCUCGGAGGCGCAGCCAAAAAGCGACAUGCCAGCGUACCGACACCUCUUCGACACCCGUUCUUCAUCUCUGAACCUGAGCCUGAACAUGACCAUCUUCUCCCUUCUCAUGAAGCCCUAUCUCAUUACAGGGACGAUGACGACGCGGACGACGAUUUGACACUCAUUCAUUUUUCACCCGCCCAUCAACGAACAAAAACUCAUCACGGCCAAGCCUUGUGGCAUUCCUCUCUCAACACUCCAUUCGCUUCGUCUUUUGGCACGGAGACUGCUUUGAUCGACUUUUCCUCUUCCUCUUCUUUAGAUAAGCCCAAGAUAUCUACUCCGGUCAAACCAGUAUCGGCACACACCGUCGCUUGGGCGUUCGACAUCGAAGUUCCUCGUACUCCUCCUCCACCGCCUUCUUUGCCUCUUCCUCUGGUGGCGUUAUCGAAAUUCUCGUUGCAUCGCCGUUCUCAAUCGUCUGACAUCAACUUGAUUGACUUUUCUGAGAGAAAGGUCACAGAGGACGAAGAUGUUGGCACACCUUCUCGUGGUUUGGCCGUCAAAGCUAUCGCUUUGACUGAGGAAGGGGACAUGAGCCCCGACAAGGAGAAAGAGCAAGAAAUGGGUUAUGAGGGUGGAGAUGAAGACGAGAUGGACAUUGUCUGGGAUGAAGGACGGGAGUUCAAAGCAAGACCUUUCGCGCCGGCAUUGGUACAGAGGGAGAAGAGUGUGGAAAAGGAUGUCGUUGACGACCUACAGAAGUCGGGAGAGGGAUUAUUGGUCGGUUCACCGCUAAGCGCUGUCCCAUCAAUGUCUUCCUCUGAACCUGCGAUCGAUCUGAUCGAAGAGUCGGAGAGCAAGGAGAACGUAUUUGAUGGAAAGGUGGAUAGUUUGACGAAGAGUGUUGUCAAUGAGGUAUCCCUUGAAACUCCCGCCCCACUUCUUCCUUCGCAUUCCCGAUCUCCUGUCGUGGUUGCCCUCACGGUGGACCAAGCAGAUGAAGUCGAGGAACAACCUUACGACCAUUCACGGCAGGAAGUUGACGUGGAGACCACAUUGGUGGAAGAAGCCCGUCUUCUUGAGGAUCUCAUAACCUCAUACACAAACUCAGAUAUAGGAAAGGUGGAAAGAAAGGAAAAAGAAGAUAACGCUGAUCACGAACUUAUUAACGACCUUAACGAAUUUGAUGAAGACUUGAGUUAUUUGACGACGGGUAACCCAGACUCCGAGUCACCCCAUCCCGAGGUGGAUGAAGCUUUUAUCAAGGUUUCAUUGCCUCCAUCCCCUAUUCCCUCGGAUUGUGAUACCUUACUAGACCUGGACGAGGUAGAGGUUCCUGGUUCUGUGGACGAGGAAGUAAUAGAGAGCGCGGAAGAUGUCGAGAUACCUCAGUCUUCCGAUCCCUUACCGUUAGUGGAGGUGAAAAAGGAGGAGUUCCCCGACCCAGACCUUCUUCCCUUGCCGCAGAUACCGCUCCUUACCGUAAUGAAGUCUUCCGAGCUUGAGACCUCGACCUCACGUCUCUCGUCACCUUCACCAUCUAUCUCCCCUCACCAAAUCCCCACUCCGCCGGCUUCUCCACCACCCAGUCCUCGAUUAACGGGCCUAUCAAACAUCACAAACCGACCGGCGUGGAGUGUACGUGCUGCGGAUAUGCCUCCGCUAGGUAUUCAUGCCAACGGUGCACACAUUUUGAGCACGAAACCAAGUAUUGGAGAUUUGGGAGGGAAAAGGAACGAUGAGAAUUGGGAUGUUGUUAAGAGAAGAAAGUUGGGGAAAGCGAAGGACGAUAGAAAAGAGGAGGAUGUGGCCGUCCUAGAUAAGGACGAGGAUGUCGAGGUAAAACCUGAACCUGCGGUAUCCACCGUGAUUGUUGAACCUUCACCACCAUCAUCUCCAACCCCUCCUCCUUCCGGGCUCUUUUCUCCGCCGGUUUCAUUUGCAUCUUUGCCUGGUGCGUUCCCGACGGAUAUUUCCACCGUAAACGAGAAGAACGGCACUGUCGUUGUCAGCGUCGACGUCCUCGCCGCGUCUAUUGAGCCACAAAGUCAAGUUGAGAACGAGGACGGCCAAGUCAUUUCUACCUCGCUCACCGCCCCCCCUACCCGCCGUCGACCGGUUCAUCGAUCUGCUCUUGACAUUGCGUUGGCGAUGCAGCUGAGGCCCGGAUUGGGAGUCGGUGCAGAUCCUGCAUGGAUGGUUAGAUUUUUGAUGGCGAUGUUUGGAUGGUUUGUGGUGCUCAUUAGUGGAAGCACGGGAGACGCGAAUGGAUAUGGCAUGGCGAGUGCCUUCAUGGGUGCUAGAAGGAGGGAUUAGAAGACCUGUGACUAGGUUUCGUUUUUUCGUUUUCCUUGAUGGAGUUCCCUCGUUUUCUGCCUUCCAAGUCAUGGAUUUUGUGUUAUGUUUGAGCGCUCCUUUUUUCCCUCGUUCUUAUUCAUGAUCUCGCUCUGCAUUCGUUUCGUUUAAUUAAUUCGCUAUGCAUUCCAUUCUUGCACUUUCUAUUUCCAUUUGUUAAUCACCUUCAAGCCCACACGUUCGCUACAAGUAUUUAGAUAAAUCGCACGGAUUCUUGACAUACCUGCAUUAUUUACACUAUCCUGCGGUCAUUAAUUAUGCAUACCGUUCAGAUUUAGCAUUUUGUACAUACCCUUCAUUGGAUGAUUGUUUUCAUUGAAAGCCGUUUGGAAUCAUAUUCCGUACGACUUCAUAUAGUAUGUUUCAGUAUAUCUCGUUUGACCUGUGAUCUGAGG